GUCUACUUGCUUAAUUAGUUUUAAAUUUUAAUUUUAAUUGUUAAUCAAUAAGAUUUUCUCUUCUUGUCAUUUGGUUAAAGAUGUUGAAGAUGGUCAAUAACCUCUUAAUUUUUCUGGAAAUCAUUCAGUAUCCAUAAGAGUUCUCUGUUUCCUGGUGCUUGUAAAUGUAUUGCAUUUUCCAGUUCAUCAGAAAAUUUGAUUGCUUUUAGCGAAUGCUAUGGCCGAUACUAGUUGAUUUGUGAUUAAACUGAGAUCGAUUUGAUGGUUUGAACAGACUAAAAUAGCGUGAAGCAGUUUGAGUGCCAUGGAAUCGAAGGGUUUGUUAAAGAAUGAAGAGUUGUAUCGGUAUGUCCUGGAGACUAGUGUGUACCCACGAGAACCACAGCAUCUCACGGAUCUAAGGAAUGUCACCGCGAACCACCCAAGGGCUGCAAUGGCUACUUCUCCAGAUGCUGGUCAGUUGAUAGCCAUGCUCUUGCAACUCGUAAAUGCAAAAAAGACUAUAGAAGUGGGAGUCUUCACUGGAUACUCCCUUCUCCUCACUGCUCUUUCUAUCCCCGAGGACGGAAAGGUUACAGCAAUAGAUGUCAAUCGUGAGACGUAUGAGAUAGGACUGCCAAUUAUAAGAAGAGCUGGGGUUGAACACAAAAUUGACUUCAUAGAAUCCGAGGCCCUACCAAUUCUUGAUAAGUUACUGAAAGAUUAUGGAAAUGAAGGCAGUUUUGACUUUGCUUUUGUUGAUGCUGAUAAAGUCAAUUACUGGAACUACCAUGAGAGGCUACUUAAAUUGCUAAAGGUGGGUGGGAUCAUAGUCUAUGAUAACACUCUCUGGGGAGGGACAGUUGCUAUGCCUGAAGAUUCAGCUCCAGAGGCUAUGAAAAUGGGCAGACAGCUUACAAUUGACCUUAACAAAUUGCUUGCAGCUGAUUCUCGUGUCCAAAUUUCACAUGCUUCCCUGGGUGAUGGAAUCACCAUCUGCAGGAGACUUUACUGAUCUUUUUUGCUCGAACUCUAAAUGUAUAUUAGUCGUUCUUUAUUAUAGAGCUUUAAGUACCAGAGUUAUUUACAAAAUUCAAAUACACUGAUAUUCUAAUAUGCAGAAACUCCUGUUUGGCUGUAAACAUUGAUGUCGAGAAUCCCAUCAUUUGUGUUGAAAAAAUUUAAAUAAAUUAGCUAGCUUCUGCAA